UGAGUUGCACGUGCUGGUGUGACGUCAUGCCGUUCCAAAAAGUUUGUUCUUUUCUGACGGAUUACUUUUAGGAGAGGAACUAGCAAUGUGUGCUGUCAUCACUACCUUUCAUUCCGCAUUCCGCAGGCCCUAGUUACAUUAGCAUCUCCAUCUAGAGUUGGCACCCAGCUUAGAAUAAGUAUCUGUUAGUACAUCCAUUCCUGAAUACAACCGGGCUGUGAACCGGGUCAACUUCAUUUUUGUUUAUCCCUGGUGCAUACUUAGAGCAGGAUACUUACGUCAUAGAGUAGGAUACUUACGUCAUAGAGUAGGAUACUUCCGUCAUAGAGUAGGAUACUUCCGUCAUAGAGCAGGAUACUUCCGUCAUAGAGCAGGAUACUUCCGUCAUAUAGCAGGAUACUUUCGUCAUUGAGUAGGAUACUUCCGUCAUAGAGCAGGAUACUUACGUCAUAGAGUACGAUACUUUCGUUAUAGAGUAGGAUACUUACGUCAUAGAGCAGGAUACUUCAGUCUUAGAGCAGAAUACUUCCGUCAUAGAGCAGGAUACUUUCGUCAUUGAGUAGGAUACUUCCGUCAUAGAGCAGGAUACUUCCGUCAUAGAGCAGGAUACUUACGUCAUAGAGUACGAUACUUUCGUUAUAGAGUAGGAUACUUACGUCACAGAGCAGGAUACUUACGUCAUAGAGUCACUAAAACCCUUUUAAAAAAAAGUAAUACUAUCUUCCUAAUAUGUUGUGACACAGUGAAAACUCCUCCACCUCUUCAGCAAGCCACGACUCCAUCAACACCAUGCCCGACUCAAACUACAUUUCUGUAUUACCAAGUCAAGAGCCCGCCUGUCCAGGCCCAGGACUAUAGUGUGGCUGGAGACAGUGAACAAUCCGAGCCUCUAGACAACCAAGUGGACUGUGACAAAUAUUAAGGGAGAUUACUUGUGGAUGACGAGAUUGUCCAACUGUUCUGUGUGUGGACACGGCGAGUGUUCUUGUCCAACAUAUUGGCCCACAGACAACUAUCAAGGAGAUCACCGCCACCACGCCACACUUUUUUCUCAUUCCCAGCAUCUCCUUCACCACGGAUUGGAACAACACAGUCUUGACCCUCACCAGAUCCACAACUCUUCACAGUUGCCUAGUUUAACGCAAAUUCCCGUGGGCAUCCACAGCGGACAUCCAAGCCUGAGUGAGGUGGGAACCCUGUCCCCUCCUCACGACUCUCGGGCCAUGGCCAGUAUGGCCUACCCCCCAUCUUCCCACAACCACGCCCAUGUACAUGGGCAUAACCACGCUCUCUCUCAUAGCCACUCCCCCAAACCUAGUCCUUAUAGUGUGAAUGGGUUAUCUUUGAGUAGCCCCAAUGUUGACCUGCUACAUCCAGCAAUGACUUAUCAAAAUGAUAUGUUCUCACCCUGGGCAGCGGAACUUGAGUCCAAUCCCAGAAAACAAAGACGCGAGAGGACGACGUUUACAAGGUCCCAGCUGGACAUACUGGAGAACUUGUUCUCUAAGACCAGGUAUCCGGAUAUAUUUAUGAGGGAAGAAGUGGCACUGAAAAUCAAUUUACCAGAGUCUAGAGUCCAGGUUUGGUUUAAAAACCGCCGAGCUAAAUGUCGCCAGCAAGCCAAAGCUGCUGACCAGAAAAAGUCUAGCAACAACAGCAGCAGUGGUACAGGCAACACAAGUCAUGGCAGCAACAACGGACAGAAUGGAAGUACCACUACGCCAUCGCCAAAGAAAGAGUUGAAAGCCAGUCCGCCACCGUCGUCUCCGGUUGACUACAAGCCUGCUGUUCCAUCUCCAAUAUUACAUACAUCAUCAGGGCCUUUGUCCAGCAGUCAGGCACGUCGCGACACAAGCGAUGUCUGGAACCCUGCUAACCCAAUGUUUCAACCAAUGAGUGAUCUGAAUAGCUGCAUGCAGCGAUCUCACUACGGUCUGUCUAAUGGACAAACCCAGUACGGACAACAAAACUACACGAGUUAUCACCACUAUGGCACCAACAUGGACUCCCAUUAUACACUUUCUGGUAUGGUCAUGCCCCCAUCCCACCAAAUGAGCAAUGUACCGUCACAACAUUACCAAAUGUCUGGAUACGGCUCUUUACCAUCAGCUACUUCACUGCCCAGACCCAACACACAGGCACAUGGCGAGUGUUCAGAUUAUAAAGAUUAUGUUCGCCUCUUCUGACCUGUGGUACACUAAAGUACGACUAGAGCAUGUCACUUGGAAAUAACCCUAGAGAUGGAAGGAUGUUUGUUACUUGUGACUAAAGUUCACUGGACUUACCCAAGAUCAUUGGACCUAGCCAAGGCCACUGGACUCACCCAAUGUCACUGGACUUAGCCUAGUUGUAGCGCUUUGGUGUGUGAAAUAAAGUACAAGAAGAAACUUUGAAACCUCAAGCUGUUCAGAGACUUGGAAUGGACCAGUCAAACCAUAGCGUACCAGAUACAAAUAGAAGUCAUGUCUGAAUAGUGAUUGACUAGCUAAGAAACACGUGACUGACUACAGUACAGACUUAUCAGAGUACACACCAAUCAUAGUACAGACUUUGUAUACAGUCUAGACUUAUCAGAGUACACACUAAUCAUAGUACAGACUUUGUAUACAGUCUAGACUUAUCAGAGUACACACUAAUCAUAGUACAGACUUUGUAUACAGUCUAGACUUAUCAGAGUACACACUAAUCAUAGUACAGACUUUGUAUACAGUCUAGACUUAUCAGAGUACACACUAAUCAUAGUACAGACUUUGUAUACAGUCUAGACUAUUCAAAGCCCCAAACCAAAGAAAUGGGACUACAAACCAUUGAGAUCGAAUUGACACUUUGCUAGUUACUUCCUAUAGUGGUUCUAACCCUUGUUUCUAUUUGGACUGGGUAGACCAUCAUUUGUACUGUUGACCAAUCAAUAAGGAACCGUUGAUUUGGGAAAUGUAUGAUCUAAUGUCACCAUGAUAUUUGGACAGUUGGAAGUGAAGCCCAAGCAAUCAGUCUCGUUAACAGCGGUGUUUCUUUUAAUUACAUCCUUCUAUCCUGACGUUGAUAAAGUUGAAUGUCAUGAACGUUGAUAAAGUUGAAUGCUAUAACUAACACUAAAAAGCGGUCAAAAGAUGCUACGUAUAAUGUGGCCAAUGACACACAAUUCAUUGGCCGAUUGUUUUAUACAAAAAAUUUUGGAUCGGAAUAUGAUUUUUGUUUACAUAUAUUUAUGUCUUAAAUAACAAAUCGCCAUAAUAAUUGUUGUGCGUAUUGAAUGACUGUUAGUUAUUUCAUGGAAUGAAAGUUUGAAGUACUGCACAAAUACUGCACAAAUACUGCACGUGUUACACAGAUACCAAAUAUUUUGGCAAAACAUCAUGAUGCAAAAGAUGUUUGAGCAAAAAUAAAAACUUUUAUUGUUUUUUUUUAAAUGCUAACAUUCCUGUUCUGUCCCAUUAUGUAGUGUUCUAAGUUGAUGUUUCUAGUCAAGACUUGACAUUCCAAAUUCUACAUUCUAGCCAAUGUACAAACACAAUAUUGAAAGUCCUUGAACUUCACCUCCGACCUUGUAAUUUCCACAUUAAUUAUGAAAAGAUCUCAACACAUGGACAUUGUUUUGAAAACAGUUUCAGUUGAUACUUAUACUAAGGCUUGUCUUAGAGUCCAAAGAUUAAUAAGGAAUUCAGUAUUUCCUGUGGCUACACAGCCCCAGCUGUGACCUACAUAUUUCUCCACAAUUAUCGCAGGCGUCACCAUUGUUCGCCGGCGGUCUAUUUAGAUUUUUCUUUUCGCUGUCUACGUCUGUCCUCUGUAGCAGAUCCCGCGGCCUUUGUAUCAUUUUAUAUUAAAUGUUUAGCAGUGCUUUAAAAACAUAUUUAAUGAAAUGAACUGAAGAAUUUGUGAAGUUUCAAAUAAAUAGACUCAACUAAAAAGAAUGAAAAACUAGAAAGACUCAAAGAUGUACAACUAGAAAGACUCAAAGAUGUACAACUAGAAAGACUCAAAGAUGUACAACUAGAAAGACUCAAAGAUGUACAACUAGAAAUAGGGUGAUAGUGAAAGACAUUUCAGAAGAACAAAAAGUUUUUUUUUUACUGUUUAUAUAUUCUUUAAGACUUUCUAAACAAUAAAAUAAAAGCCAAUGGUGUGAUUGUUACAGAUGUGUGAUUGACAUUUUAGUCAAUUUUUGUAUGAUUGUCACAAUAGUCAAAGUUGUUUGAUUGUAGUAUGAAAACUUUGUUAACACAAAAUAACCACUGGACGGUUUUAUUUUAAUUUGCCUACCAGAUUACUAAUUGCAAUAAAUGUUUUUGUCAUUUUGUAUUUAAAAAAAUAUUUUUCAUUCCAUUGUCAAGAUAAAUAUUUAUGUCAUUGUUUCUAGUGGUUUCAAAUUGGUAUCUCUAAAAGUUAUAUGCAUCUUUAAACGACAAGGCUCUAAGUACUCAUAACAAAAGUCCAGUCCUCAGCACAGACACAAUCUCUCAACACAAGUCUAUAACAUUGAGAGGUCGUUAUUUAUUUCAGACACAUUCUAGAGAACACAUUAAGUUCAACACAACAAAUACCAUUAAAAUACAUCACAGAGUCUCAAAAUCUGAUUGACAUUUACAUUAGAAAUCACACCUUAAUACCCACAUAGCUCAAUAUAUACCAGACUUACAAUGACACCACAUUCCUCAUCCCUCCAUACCACAUCAAAACCACAGGUUCCAUAACCACAUGUAUCAUAACCACAUGUACCAUAAGGUAAAACAAAUCGUAACAGUUCAGUUUCUAUCAUUGACAUCUUGCGUUCAACUAGCUACUAGUUUCUACUCACUUGUAACUCUCUAUCUACCUCUGCACUGGAUGAACCCUUGGUCUACAGUUAUCCUAGCGCUACGUGUGUACACCAAAUCAACCAAACAACAAACGACACUGUCCAAACAUUUCAUGUCUUCAAAUGUUUGGCUAUCAAAGCACAGCCCAUGCCCUUUGAACAUAUCACAACCAAUAUUACAUACACUUACACAGACAUGUUACAUUACAUCUUGACCAAAAGCCCAAAGUGAACAUCACUCAAAUGUUUUUCCAUGAUUGGUUUCUCUUACGUGCAAUACAUGACAUGUACCCCACUGUGACAUAUGUUUGUUCAGUUGAAUGACAUGUACCCCACUGUGACAUAUGUUUGUUCAGUUGAAUGACAUGUACCCCACUGUGACAUAUGUUUGUUCAGUUGAAUGACAUGUACCCCACUGUGACAUAUGUUUGUUCAGUUGAAUGACAUGUACCCCACUGUGACAUAUGUUUGUUCAGUUGAAUGACAUGUACCCCACUGUGACAUAUGUUUGUUCAGUUGAAUGACAUGUACCCCACUGUGACAUAUGUUUGUUCAGUUGAAUGACAUGUACCCCACUGUGACAUAUGUUUGUUCAGUUGAAUGACAUGUACCCCACUGUGACAUAUGUUUGUUCAGUUGAAUGACAUGUACCCCACUGUGACAUAUGUUUGUUCAGUUGAAUGACAUGUACCACUGUGACAUAUGUUUGUUCAGUUAAAUGACAUAUACCACUGUGACAUAUGUUUGUUCAGUUGAAUGACAUGUACCACUGUGACAUAUGUUUGUUCAGUUGAAUGACAGUUACCACUGUGACAUAUGUUUGUUCAGUUGAAUGACAUGUACCACUGUGACAUAUGUUUGUUCAGUUGAAUGACAUGUACCACUGUGACAUAUGUUUGUUCAGUUGAAUUUUCAUUUCAUUUGUAUACAAUCACUUGGCAUAAACAUUCAAAUGUUUAUUUAUGACUACUAGAUCUGUCUGUUUGAGUUCAUUCAACUAGCAGAAUGUAGUGUAUUACAUCUUGAAUGAUAUUGAAAUAAACAACCAAAUGUCUAUUGUAUAACAAUA